AUGUCGGACAAGGAAGAGGCCGCCCAACGCACCCCCUCUAGUGGUGGAGGGGGUGGUGGGGGACAGACACAGGUCCGCAAUCAUCGCAACUCAUCCAUGCGUUCAUCCAAUAUCUCAGGGACCGUCUCGUCGGCGACCCAAAGGCCGCCGGACUUCCCAUUAAGAAUCCUAGUGUUGAGCGAUAUGGUGGGUGCGAUAAUCGGUCGGUCCGGGGGCACAAUCAAGCAGAUCACUCAACAGACGCGGGCGCGCGUAGACGUGCACCGCAAAGAAAAUGCCGGCGCUCUCGAGAAAGUGAUCACUAUUUACGGCAAUCCCGACAACUGUUCCGAAGCGUGUCUCAAGAUUCUCGAAGUGAUGCAAACGGAUAGCUAUAUUUAAAAUC